AUGGGAAGGGCUUCAAUUUUGAAAGCUGGUCGUGCCCAACAGUUUCCUUGGUCAAUAAGUUGGCGGCCGCAUUCAUCCCUUUUAUGCCCAGCCGCAUAUUCAUCCGGCCGCACUAAAUUGUGCCCAAUUACAUUCGGGCCUCAAUUAGAACGAAUCUCGGCCGCACUAAAUUCCAAGCAGAACCCGGCCACAGUCUUCCAAUCCUGCCCGGCUACGAACUCCUCCAAUCCUGGCUGUGCCCAACAGAACAAUCCAUAUGCACUAGCCCAGCCGCAAUUCUUCUUCUCCGGUCACACCAAAUCGUGCCCAGUUGCCUAUUCAUCACACCCGGCCGCUAUUUCCAACUCCAUUCGAGCUGUCCGGCCGCAUCUUGUAUGCCCAGCUUUUUCGGGUCAUGCCCAGCGAAAAAACCUUGGCCGCAACCUCAGUCUCCAGCCCCUUUUCGAACAAAACCCAGCUGCGAUCUUAGAGAGCUGUUCAGCCCGACUGUAUUCUCCUCGUGCCCAUCCAAUAUCCCGUGCCCGGAUUAGCUAUAGGCUUUUAGAAGGUUUUCUCAAAACCCAUAUCCUCUUCAUCUUCACAUUCAUCAUUUCACACAUCAAAUCCACCCGAAUCAACAUCAAACUUGAAAUUUGCAAGUUUCUGGACUUCACAUGGGCAUCCGUUUGGGAGAGCGCCAAGCCAUUUAAAGGUUGGCCAACGAGAACCCCCCUCAAAUCGGAUCCCACCGCAACAAAGGAGGCCCCAUCAAAGAAAGCAUCAUCAGCCGCCGGGAAACCCGACCACUCAAGCUCGGUGGAUGGCAAGUUUGAUUGGUAUCAUUGGUUCAAGGCAUUGGAACCAAAAUUGAAGGGCCAUUGGAAGAAAAUUGGGAUUUAUGAUACAUUGCUCCUAUGUGCGGGAAGCCCAUUUCCUUGCGACCGAUGUCUCAUCAUUGCGGCCCUAUGCUUUUGGUCUUCCUCCACCAAUUGCAUGAGGCUCCGUUUUGGGAUGAUGACGCCCAACUUGCUAGACUUGGCCGCUAUCGCCGGCCUCCGUCCUCAUGGAGAGGAUUUCUCGGCCGCCAACCUUCCGGAUGGCAAAGUGGGCUUAGAUUUUCACAAGUCAAACAAGAACUCCGGGAGCUGGGUGAAGACAUAUCUUGGCCAUGGCGGAGAUCCCACCGACCCUCCUUCCAUCAAUGGCGUAUCCUACACUGAGCAUGUGGCUUUCCUUGUGAUGUGGUUGUGCAAGUUCUUGGCAUGCCCAAAAUCCGGCGGGAUCACAAAGGAAUUUCAAGCCUUGGCGGAGGUACUUGCGGAUGGCCAUCAAGUGGCCAUGGGCCCAAUCUUUCUUCCCUAUCUUUAUAGAGGGCUCCGUGAGGUAACCACUAAACCCAUGGAUUAUCAUGCUUCUGGCCCUAUAUGGAUUUUUCAAUUAUGGCUCCAGUUAUAUUUUCCGGAGUUAAGUCCCACCACCGUUUGCCCAAACGAUAAAGCACUUUUGGGUCCGCCUUUGCUCAACGCCCCACGGCGGAAGCAUUUUGUGGAGGAUUGCUUCCGCUUUUUCUAUGAGUGCCAGGAGAGGACUAGGGAGCAUCUCUCCAUUUGCCUUGAUCACCGUUUCCCGGAUUAUCUAGCCCUGGAUCUUUCCUCAUAUCCCACGGCGGAGACAAAAGAUGAGAGACAUAAUAUGUGGGCGAGCAUCCUUAUCAGCCGAGAUCUUCCAUAUGGCCUAAUGGUGAACAAAGGAAGCAAUUAUCAUUGUGGUGGUGAGCUUUAUUAUCCCGCCGCCGCCGGCUACCAGCUUGGUUUUAUACAGAGCAUCCCUAUACCACCCAUGGAUUCCGUCAACCUGCUCUCCUCUUGGCGGGUGGAAUUUAAAGAUGCAAAAGAAGUCACCACCUUGACGGAUUUCAACCAAGACUUGGUGAAAUCCUUCAGUAUUCCGAUUAGAGAUCCUCGGUUUGGUGACUCUAACAUCUUUAUCCAUUGGUGGAAAGAAAUGUCGGCCGGUUGGUUUUCUCAACCAUGCUCAGAGAUUGAGGAUAGGAUCCUUAAGCAUUGCCCAUGCUCAUUGGCCUUUCAACAAGAGAAAGAGAAGAAGAAGGCCCAAGCAAAAGUUGACACCGCCGAGAAGGAAAAUCCUCCCGCCAAGGUUAUUGAGAGAGAGAGCUUGGCCAAAUCCGCCAAUGCAAAUUCUGGGCGGGGCGAGAAAAGGCACACCGCCCCCAUCCAAGGAGAUAGCCCCGCCGGAAAUAUUUUGCCCUCUCAAACAUUCCUUCGGCCCAGAAAAGUUCCGCGGAACCUUUCACCCCAAGGUUCCCCAAGGCUGACGGAUCAUCCUUCCUCUUCUCAUUCGGUCGGGGCCGUGCAUUCGGCCACCACUUCAUCCGCCGCUCCGGAAACUCAACCUCCUACACUUGAGAAGGGAAUUGGGGCGCAAGUCAUGACUUCGGUGGGCGAGGAUGAGUUGGCCGAGAUCACUACCACGGAGCACCCGGAGGAUGUUUCCACGGGGUCACACGAGAUUACUCCCAUGCCCGAUGAUCACGCCCAUGAGCACGUGGCCGAGCUGACCGAGGAAGACUUCCCACAUGUUCCGAAUUCUCAGGCGGACGUGGUGGAGUCUACCGCCAUUACGGUCGGCCAUGCGAUCGUCGCCAAUGGUGUGCCUUCCACUAUUCCCACCGACGGAAGUGCACCACCUGAGCCCGUCCUUAUGUUGACCUUGGGAGCUCCUACCUUGGUUGUCGAUGCUAUUCCGUCUGAACUCCAACUUGAGAUUGGUGAGUCUUCAUCCCUUGUGCCCGCCGAGAUUACCAUGGAUCUAUCGGCGGAGGAUGGAGGAAACUUGGCCACGGUCCCCCAUGAAGAGGCCCCUCUACCAUCCCCUGAUCAGCCAUCUGGUGAUAUUUUUGACUUCCUAGAUCAGUGGGAUGCAUCUAUAUCCUCCGCGAAGGCUUCCACUCGCCUUGCCACUUCUUCUACAUCGACCGGGGCCUUACCAGAUUCCGGGGCUGAGGCCAUACUUCGGUCAUACAGAGAUGGAGACCUCAUGUCCUUGGAGGACAAAGAUGAGAGAAGCAAGCUCAAGGCCGCCAUUGAGACUUUGGCGAGUUCUGGCUUUUUCCCUGAUCCACGCUCGGCGGCUAUGAUUACUCAUCUCUUUGGUCAGGUGGAGAGAUUUGCCCCCCGCCGCCGUCCUUUUCUGGAGGAGCAAAGGAUAGGCCAAGAUUUGGAGCAGCGGAUUACCUCAUGUAGUGCCACCAUGAGGAGGGAGAUCGAGAUCGCCCGCCAAAUGCAACAGGAGGCUGCUGAUAUCGAUGAGCAGGUGAGGCAGCUUCAAGAAAGGAAGACUGGCAUUGUUGCCAAAGUCUCCGAGAUUGUCCGGAGCAAUAGGCCUCUCGAGACUCAACUUCGACAGGAUGCAGCAGCGGCGGGAGCAUAUCGAGAGAGGAAGUUGAUGAUUCAGUCUACCUUGUCCGCCGGAGAUACCGCGAUGGAGAGCUUUAGGGCUGCCCUCCGCACCUUUUUCCCCGAUGCUUAG